UCCCCCGCUCCCCCCCCCGGAAUCUUUAGACCAACAUGAACUGUGUUCGGAGCAAAACCCUUCUCCGUGAAGUCCCCACAGCAUUUAGCUGGUGAUUCCAGUGCGGCGCAGCCGGCGUCCUUUCCUGUUUCUUUGGAAGGCAUUUGUGCAGGCUAUUCCUGAGCCAGCAGGCAGGGUCCUUCUGCUCUGCUGCGCAGCCCAUGUGGAUGGGGUAUUUUUUUCCACGUGGGAACAUGGCACUUUAGUUUAAAGGCAUCAGGGCCUUGCUUUUGAAUCUCCGUUGCAAGGAAAGACGCUGAAAAGAGUCAAGAAAAGGACUUCUGUCUGAAAAUGCAGCGCAAGAAAGUGGACAAUCGCAUUCGGAUACUGAUAGAAAAUGGAGUGGCGGCACAACAUAGGACACUCUUUGUUGUUGUUGGGGAUCAUGGGAAAGAUCAGGUGGUCAUACUUCACCAUAUGUUGUCUAAAGCGGCUGUAAAGGCUAGACCGUCAGUAUUAUGGUGUUAUAAGAAAGAGCUGGGCUUUAGCAGCCACCGUAAAAAAAGGAUGAGACAGUUGCAGAAGAAGAUUAAAACUGGAAUGUUAGAUCUGAAGCAAGAUGACCCGUUUGAGUUGUUCAUAGCAGCCACAAACAUUCGUUAUUGUUACUACAAUGAGACGCACAAAAUUCUUGGGAAUACUUUUGGCAUGUGUGUACUUCAGGACUUCGAAGCUUUAUCACCGAAUUUGCUGGCUAGAACGGUUGAAACUGUGGAAGGUGGAGGCAUAGUAGCGAUUCUUCUGAGAACAAUGAACUCCCUGAAGCAGCUCUACACCAUGACCAUGGAUGUACACUCUCGCUACCGGACAGAAGCACAUCAGGAUGUGAUAGGCCGUUUUAAUGAAAGGUUCAUUCUGUCUCUGGCAUCUUGCAAAACCUGCAUGGUAGUUGAUGAUCAGCUUAACAUCCUCCCCAUCUCUAGCCAUGUAGCAAACAUAGCUGCUAUUCCACCCCGGUCUCAGGAAGAUAGUUUGAGUUCUCCAGACUUGGAGCUCAAGGAACUAAAGGAGAGCCUCCAGGAUACCCAGCCUGUAGGAGUGUUGGUUGAUAGCUGUAAAACCCUGGAUCAGGCCAAAGCUGUUCUGAAAUUCAUUGAAGCCAUUUCUGAGAAGACACUGAGAUGCACCGUGGCUCAAACAGCUGCCAGAGGGCGGGGGAAAUCGGCUGCCUUGGGAUUGGCCAUAGCUGGAGCAGUGGCUUUUGGCUACUCCAACAUUUUCAUCACAUCUCCCAGCCCAGAUAACCUUCACACUCUGUUUGAAUUUGUUUUUAAAGGCUUUGAUGCUCUGCAGUAUCAGGAACACUUGGAUUAUGAGAUUAUUCAGUCUCGCAACCCUGAAUUUAGCAAAGCGGUCGUCAGAGUAAAUGUGUUCAAAGAGCAUAGACAGACUAUCCAGUAUAUCCACCCUGCUGAUGCUGUGAAACUGGGGCAAGCUGAACUUGUGGUGAUUGAUGAAGCUGCUGCUAUCCCCCUCCCACUGGUGAAAAACCUGUUAGGUCCUUACCUUGUUUUCAUGGCUUCUACAAUCAAUGGAUAUGAGGGUACCGGUCGUUCCCUAUCAUUGAAGCUGAUUCAGCAGUUAAGGCAACAAAGUAUACAGGCCCAAGCCAGUGUGACAGCAGAGAACAAAACAACAACAACAGCAAAAUUGUCCUCAGCUCGCACGUUGCAUGAAGUUUCCCUCCAGGAAUCCAUUAGAUAUGCCCCAGGAGAUCCAGUGGAAAAGUGGCUGAACGAUUUGCUGUGCUUGGAUUGUCUCAACAUCACAAGGAUUAUAUCUGGUUGCCCACUGCCUGAAACCUGCGACUUAUAUUAUGUGAACAGGGACACCCUGUUCUGCUAUCAUCGAGCAUCAGAAGCUUUUCUUCAGAGGAUGAUGGCGCUAUAUGUGGCUUCUCACUACAAGAAUUCUCCCAAUGACCUCCAGAUGCUUUCAGAUGCUCCUGCCCAUCACCUCUUUUGUCUUCUGCCACCAGUUCCACCUACCCAGAAUUCCUUGCCAGAAGUGCUUGCUGUUGUUCAGGUAUGUUUGGAGGGAGAGAUCUCCCGUCAAUCUAUUAUGAACAGUUUGUCUAGAGGGAAGAAGGCAUCAGGAGAUCUCAUUCCAUGGACCAUCUCAGAGCAGUUCCAAGACCCUGAUUUUGGCAGUCUCUCUGGUGGCAGAGUUGUUCGCAUUGCGGUUCAUCCUUAUUAUCAAGGGAUGGGUUAUGGCAGCCGAGCGCUGCGUUUGCUACAGAUGUACUAUGAAGGCAAGUUUCCUUGUUUGGAAGAAAAAGUUACGCAGAAGCCAAGAGAAAUUGUUACUGUGAGCAGUGAGGCUGUCAGUUUAUUAGAAGAAGCUGUGAUGCCUCGGAAGGAUUUGCCACCUCUGCUUCUCAAACUUAGUGAGAGACAAGCUGAGAAUCUGGACUACCUUGGUGUGUCUUAUGGUUUGACACCAAGGCUGCUCAAGUUUUGGAAACGAGCUGGAUUUGUACCAGUUUAUCUGAGACAGACUCCAAAUGAUCUGACUGGGGAGCACUCAUGUAUCAUGCUGAAGCUGCUGAAUGAAGAGGAAGACAGUGAGCAGGAGAACUGGCUCACUGCCUUUUGGAAAGAUUUCAGGAGGAGAUUCCUGGCCCUUUUGUCGUAUCAGUUCAGCACUUUCUCUCCUUCGUUAGCUUUAAACAUUUUGCAGAACAGGAAUAUCAAACAGCUGUCUCAAUCCCCAAUCAGCCGUCAUGAAUUAGAAGCUGCUUUCAUCCCUUAUGACCUGAAGAGGCUGGAGAUGUACUCCAGGAACAUGGUGGACUAUCACCUGAUUAUGGACAUGAUCCCAACUAUCUCUAGGAUGUACUUUCUCAGCCAGCUUGCAGAUGUGACCCUUUCUGCUACUCAGUCUGCUCUUCUUCUUGGGAUUGGUCUCCAGCACAAAUCUGUGGAUCAGCUGGAGAAAGAGAUAGAGCUGCCUAGUGGCCAGUUGAUGGGCCUCUUCAACAGGACCAUCCGCAAGGUGGUUCAGUUGUUCAACACUCUUCUGGAAAAGGCUGUGGAAGAGCAGAUGGCAGCAACUAAAGAAGUUGUAAUGGAGCCAACUCUGAAAUCUUUAAAUGAGGAUUUGGAAGAAGCAGCAAAGGAAUUUCAAGAAAAACAUAAACAAGAUACUGGGAAGCUAAAAGAUCUGGAUCUUUCACAAUAUGUAAUCCAAGGAGAUGAUGAAGAGUGGAAUGAAGUGCUGAUCAAAGCAGGACAGAAUGCUUCCAUUGUCAGCCUGAAAAGUGACAAGAAGAGAAAAUCAGAAGCCAUACUAGGGCCAAAACAGGAGAAGAAAUUUAAAAAGAAAAACCCAAAGCAGAAGUGGAAGAAAUGAUCCCAAAGAAGGGACGUAGAACUCUUGUUUUGUGGGGACCCGAUUUCUUUUCCAAAGCAAAGGCCAUGAAGAAACCAUACAUCAGAGUGGAAAAUCCCGAAGGUUUCCCCCCUUCAUAUAGAGGCAGCCUGAAGCAACACACUUGGGAAGAUACUUUUUCUUGCUGCUAGCUCAGCAUUUGUGUUAUGCUAAAAGGAAGUCUAGAGCAGCAAACUGAAUUGUUACCAGGAAUCAUGUCUCUUUGCAGUUUAGCCCUGCAAAGUCUCUGGUUUUGUGUGCCUAAGAGACCUAUAAACAUCUUUUCCUUCUCUUUAUUUUUUGUUGUUCUUACUAGUAAUUUUGGAGGGCGGCCUGGGACUCAGUGCUGUGUGUCUUAGUUUUCAUUGAAAGCUGGUCUUUUUUAGAAGCUUUAGUACAAUGAACUAUAAAAACUUUCCAUGGGAUUUUAAAAUGGUGAAGUUACUUUAGGUAUAUUAUGCUUUUUGAUAAAAAGAAGAAUAAUUAGUAGCUCUGUUGUCACCUUUUUGCUCUGAGUUCUGUGGUCGCUUCUAGACAUUUAUUGUUUGCUCUGGUACUGAGCAAAAUAGAGAAUGUGGCAGGGAAUGAAUUAACACACCCACAUCAUGUCCCCUGAAUUGCAUUGUUCCUGCUUUUCAGUUUGUGGCGCAGGAUACCCUACUUGUUAUCAUGCCCCACAAUGCACCAGUAAAGAAGUGGUUAUAGGUGUGUGUGUGUAUGGUCCCAGGUACUGGGAACUUUGGGGGCCCAUCUUUGUGAGCCCAUCUGGAUUCAACUUCACCACCACCACCACCAAGGGGAGCUUGUAUGGCAAGCAUCUUAUUGGGGCUUCUCUGUUUUCAUGCAUAGUGGGUUGUAGACAUAGGACUGUGUGUCCUGUGCAUCUGCAGAGAUAUCAUUCAAAACGCAGAAUCUGGUGUAGAACUCAAUAAUGCUAGAACCUCCAGUUUUCUUCCCCACAUGAGAUGAAAUGCUGCAAUCGUCUGUGGUGUGGCUUCACUGAUGUCCACGGCACCAGUCCUGUCCUGUGGUUACUGUGCCCUCGAUAGUUGUUCUCGGCUCAGUACUUAUUGGAAAUGUUAAAACAUACACACGCACACAGAAAAACAAGGUCAUGGAAGGAGAAGAAAUGUACAAAAUAAACAGAUGAAUUGGCUUAA